CAUACAUUCAUACAUAUAUGCUACAUACGCGCGAGCAUAAUUCCCCCCAUAAGAUGGCCCGUCGCGAUUGUUGAGCGUUGUAGGUACGUUGCGCGAAUGUACUCUCCUCGGGAAAAUUUAAUUGUCGUAAACUUACAAGUGGCGUUUGCUGUGCGCUGUGCCAGUUGGAGCACCAAUUCGCGCGCUUUUGUUUUGCCGCGUGUGUAUGCGGAGUGAGAGAAGUGCGGAUAAAUAUACACAUCCUCUAUAUUUGCAGGGCUGUAGAGAUGACCUGGUGCAUUGAAUCGGCGUCCGGGGGAUUGAACUUGCGAGGGCAUUGAUACUUACGUGCGCGCCGUACUUACGACAAAGCUGCUCCAGAGAGAUAUAAUCCCAACUAAGAAUUACUGUUAUCUGAAACAACCGCAAGAUUUUGGAGCUUGGCCUCUGCUGGUGGACCUGCGAAACUCGAGACAUCUUUUCGGAGAGCUGCUGCUAGUUUUUGUGGCUUUGAAUAAGUGCUCUCUCUCUUUCUCUCUCUCUCUCUCUCUCUCUCUCUCUCUCUCUCUCUCUAUCUCUCUCUCUGGCCGCGACGGGGGUUGCCGCACGUCAUCGAUUUUUUGCAGGUUAUUAUAAAACUGCAGGUGACGCGCGAAUCGUAUUAUAAUAGAAUCCAAGAUGCCGCGGGUCAAAGGAUCUCCCAAGAAGUUCGUCAAGUCGGGCUCGAGCGCCAAUUCCAAUACGUGGGUUUUCCUCAUGAAAGGGGAAAGUUUGGAAAGCUCUGAAGGUGUACACCCUGAUAUGGUCAAGCUCAGACACCCAGCUUCUAAUCAAGCUGCAAUGUUUGUGUUCAGUCCUGGAGACCUGACCAUCCAAGAGGUCAUGACAUUUGAUGAGAAUAAGAGAUCUUGGUUCAUCGAUGAUAAUGUCAGAUCAGAUGGGAAGAUGCACCUUUCAACUCCCAUCGAUCCAAUCUUUUUGAUUCUCCCGUACUUGAGAAAAUCUCAACAAGUAAUGCCACUGGAACAAUGUCUUCGAGACGAAGACUAUCCAGAAACAACUCGUCUUGUGAAAUGUCAAAGCUUGAAAUUAUCAUUGGUGGCAGAUCGAAAAGGAGAUGAGUCUUUACAAGCAUUCAAGUACAAUGAAGACAAGACAUUGAGUUGGUUGCGAAAGAAGGUCGAGCGAGUGGCAGAAAUUGUGAGGCAAAAAGGUAUCCAUGUAUCCCAAGGUGCUGUUAGCGCUAAUUAUGUAAAAAGCAGUAAAUAUGAGGGUGGAACUGAAUCAGAAUAUAUGAAGUAUGCUCAUGGCAUAGUUGCUGAAUACCUUGCAGAAGACUUGUCCAAAAAGUUGCAUCAGUAUCUUAAUUUACCCGACGAUUCAGAACAAAAGAAACGUAAACUCAGCAGUCCAAAAGAUGCAACAGACGAGAAAAGGCCUAAGAAAGAGGCUCAAGAAGAAUCUCCACGAAAUGGAGCUCUUGACCUAACUAAGCCAGAAAAGCUUAAUAUACUUACAGCCUCCUAAAACACCUACGGUUUCAAAGAAAGAGUUAGCAAGACAAAAAGCAGCAGCUGGAUCUAAGAGUAUUACUAGCUUCUUCAAGAAAAAAUGAAAACCUUAAAUAGGUCAUUUAAUAGACGUAGUGACUUGCCAAUUAAGAAAACUGGUUCGUCACAAAGAAGGCGAUUUUGGAGUCUCUAUGUUCCUAUGAAUGUUGUUACGUAAACGUCAAUAUAGAAACACUUAAAUUUAAGAAUUCUUGCAUAACAAUCGAUCGUGUAGCAUCGAAUUGAACAGAUACAAAGUAUAUAGCGAGUAAAAUCUUUACAACUAAACUUAUUAACCUUCAUGGCAGGCGUUCAUAUGUUGUUUAAGGAUAUUUCUUGUUUGUAUACAUGACUUAAUGAUUGCGCACAAGACGUUCGAUUUAUUUUUACAGUUUGUUUUUUAAUUAAAGAUUAAAGAUUUUUUAAAUAAGACUGUUAGAUUAUACAGGUAUGUAAGUGUUAAUUUUAUUCCACAAUUCUGUAAAACAGAAUGUUGCUGUUUUGAGAUGACAUUCAUCAUUUCUGUGUAAAUAGAACAUCAUUUUUUCAUAAUACAUAAUGAAAUAUAUCACAUGUAUUUAAUAUAAGAAUUGCUUGAAACAUUCGCUGUUUAAGUAAUAUAUGCAGCAAUGAUAUAAGGUCCGAUUUAUGUUGUUAAUCAUUAGUUUUCAGUACUAACAGUAAAUACAUUGUAACUCAAUGAAGUAAACAAUAUACAUGUAUAAGAUUUUUAAUUUAUCAGUUUUUGUACAUAAAAUUGAAUUCAUUUAAACAUUGUAAA